GAGUUAACAUACAAAAUUAUGUUUUAACGUUUUCAUUCUGUUAAAUUUAAUCGUCGUAACAUCAACCACUGAUAGUUGGCAUCAACUUGAUGGCAUCGAAUAUUACAUUGAGUAUACAGCAGUGAAUGGAGUUGAUAAAGCUAACGAAAGUUGUCAAUCAAUGGACGCCAUUCUAGCUGUUGUUAAUUCUCGACGAAUUCAAGAUUUUCUCGUGAAAAAUAUUGAUACGACUAAGUUAACAGGUAAACCAUAUUCCUUCUUCAUUGGUUUGAGUCGUACCAGUCCAACUACAUUGCAAUGGUCGGAUGGAACAACAACUGAUACAUCAGUCUUCACUUAUUGAGAUAACAACGAUGACAUUUAUGAUUCCACCAAACUUUGUGUUACUAUGGGAUGGGAUGGAGCUUUUGACGAAUCAUUUAAGUGGAAGAUCGUACGUUGCGGCGAUACCCAUCGUUUUAUUUGUCAAAAAACUGUUAAAACAACUACAGAAGCAACAACUGAAGUACAAACGACAACAAACAGUGAAAGGGGGUAUACCGAGACUACUUCUGGUAUAGAACAUAAGGAAACAAGUGGUUCGAGUGCGGGUCUUUAUGCAGCUACAAGUGUUGGGGCAGUCAUUGUCAUCGUAUUAUGUGGAGUAAUCUGCAUAAAGUAUUACAGAAACAAAUCUCCGGCUAGUGAUGUCACAGUGACGUAUGCCGUACCGAAUGAAGACUAUACUCCAGCUUCGGUCAACAAUGUAUUGUACGAAACAUCCGGUGAAACCAGUCAAGAUAUAUACGCUGUCGCCAACAAAGUAGAUCCUGUGUAUAGUUGUGCGGAGGCUGGCCCAAGCCAUGAUGUUUCAGAUGUUGAUUUUCGUGGUGCGGACGGGCCAUAUGUAUGCGCUCAGGAAAAUUUACCAAUCGAUGACAACAUGGGAGUCGAUUCGCCAAAAGACGUUUACGCCAAAGUGGCAAAAGGACCGCCAAAGAAUGACGUAUACGCGAAAGUGGCGAAAGAACCGCCAAAGAAUGAUGUGUACGCAAAAGUUUUAAAAUAAAUAAGGCAUUAUAAAAAAAAAAUUUUAAACGCUAAACAUUCGUGAAAUGUGCUACACCGUGUUUAUUGUGUUUUGUUUAUUAGUUACUUUUUUACCGUUGUAGACAUACUUGUUGUUAACUCCAACAAUUACUAUUUUACUGACUGUCGCCACCGUCUGACUGGCUUAUAUACUGCCUUUCUUGUGUCUUCGUUAUGCGAACGUCGUCUCUCUAGUCUGCGUUUCAGUAUAGGUUCUUGCAUGGUUCUGUUAACAUCGCAAUUUAACGUAACUGUUUAAGAUUUAGUUAUUAUGUGUUCAGCUAUUAACAAUGUUCUAUUUGAAUAAGCGACUGAACAUAACUGUUUUUUAAUCUCUCUCUCUGGCUCUCCCUCGGUCUCUAUCUGGCUCUUUGGCAACCUGGCUGGUUUGGCUCUAUUUUGGUUAUUGUUGGAAUCUGGCUAUCGUUUAUGAUUUGCGUUAUCGUCAACACAUCUGUAUAUAUUCACCAAGUGGAGAGCAUUAAUUAAGUUAUAGACAUCAGUCGCUUAUUCCUUACGGCUAAAACUGCAGCCGCGUUCGAGCUAAACCCUAGCUCCUACAUUUGUUUUGGAACAAGACGCUUAUAAAGGCAAUUGCUUUAAUCCAGUGAUCAC